ACUCCCGUCAUCUCAAAUUCCAUCCUUAUCAACCUCUGACAUGAUGAUUCUACGAAGAGGAUUGACAAGGAAAUUUUUUUUGUCUUAUUUCGUUUGGGCCUUUUUUCUUUCGUUGUCAGGAUAGGAAUGUUUUAAGAAAUAGCUGAAUUAUUUGCACCAAAGUAGAAGUAAUUCUAAAGCAAUGUCAUAGAUUCAGGGAUUGUUCUAUUGAAAGACUUAUAGCAUGCUCAAUCCAUGUGAUCCAAUGGUGGUCAUGCUAUUUAUUGAGUAGCAGGCAUGGUUGUCAAAAUCGAGUUUUAAAUUGUAAGAUCGUAAGAUAUUACGAUUUUAGGUAUGGAUUUCGAUUAAAAUCUAUGUUAAAAUCGGAAUCUCAUGAAAUCGGAAGGAAAAAUCGUAAAAUCGCAAUUUUAUGGUAAAAUCGUUUGAAAUCUCGAUUUCACAUGGAGUGGAGGAAUCACCAGUUGGUCGGUUGCUUUGAGACGGAGGAGAAGACUGGCGACUGUUGUUAGGCGAAGGAGAGCAGAUCGAUGAUUAGGAACGAGUGAUGAGAAUGGUGAUCAGUGAGGGAAGGGGAGAAAACUCGUGAAGGUUGCAGAUGUCCAUGAUCGUCGGUAUCGAUCUGCAAGCUGACCUGAAGAAGUCGAAGACUCGACCCCUGGCCUCCUCCAGGUUCACCAAGUUCGGUGGCACCUUCACGCCCCUCAACGUAAACGCCAUGUUUCCAAUCGAAACCCAACACUCGAACCUCUGUGGAAUGGAUUUUAGGAUCAAAUCAAAACAGCUACAAGCGGAAAACUGAUGAUCGGAGAAAAUGGAGAAAGAGGGUUUUGGAUGGGAGAAGAAUCGGGUGAUGACCGGUGAUGGAGAUGGAGGCUGUUGAUCGGAGAAAAAAAUGGGGAAAGGGGAUUCUGGAUGGAAGAAGAAUCGCGCUUUUUUUUUUUUGGCCGUCUGCAGCCUCCUUUUGUUUUGUGUGGCUCUACCCUUUAAAGAGAAAGGAAAACUAGGGUUUUUUGGGUUUGGGUUUUAAUGGGCUGAUUUGUGAAAGUGGCUAGUGGGCUCAAUAUUUGGGUUUGGGUUGGAUUUGUUAGUUUUUUUUAUGGAUUUCACCCCUUAAUUUUUACUUUCUUCACAUACAUCCCCUUCUUGAGUUCUUUUUUCAAAUUUCUUCAUAAAAUUUUCUCUUUUUG